UGGCUCUAUUUUGUUUCCAAACAGUUUGGCUCCAUACUACCCAAGGGGAUUCUUGAUUAACAAAUAUAAGAGGAAGGUUUUAAUUUCGUUUUCUCUCUAUAAUUUCCUUUCCUUCUUUUUGCAGAACAUAUUUGGGAAGAAUAAGACUCCGUCCAGAGUCCCACCUGUGCCUCCCAAGCGACCAGAGAAACAGCAGCAGGGGGUUCACACUGAUGCUCAAGAGGAGGAGGAGGAAGGCGAUCUGUAUACAUAUGAAGUCCCCCCAAGUAAAGGGCAGAGCAAGCAAAUGGUUCCAGCGGUUGCAGAGAACAUAUAUCUUGAUCGCCCAGCCUUGAGGCGCUUCUCUGAGCCAAACAACCUUCUCCAGCCCAAGUCCCUUCCGUUCCUGCCCAAGCCGGGAGCAGAUUCUGACGACGACACCAGUGAUGGGACAUUCAACUUCCUGGCCAUAGAAAGAGCUCUACAAAAAGGGAUGAUGAAGCAGUCUGUGCCGCCGCCUCUUCCUCUCUCAGCCCGACGGGGGUCUCUGCCAGUCCUGGGUCCCUCUGGGUCCCAAGCAAAAGCUGCCGCCAGCAGAGAUCCUUUGCCAGCCCUGAAAGAUGACGAGGAGGAGACCCAGGAGGAAUCGAUCUACGUGGAAUGUGAGCCCAGAACAGCCUCCGUGCCCCACAAAGUGCUUCCUUGUCCAACCCCAGUGCCUCCUAUCCAGCCUCUGAAGCAAGCCAGGCCAGCAGUCACUCCAUCAGGACCCCAGAAGGCCUUUGCGGAAAACCUGUGCAAAGGUGUGUGUCUGAAGAGUGGAUCCGUGCCAGAGGAUUUUUGCAUGGAAAACAAGGCCUGGUAUGCAGGUAGCUGUGGCCGACAUACAGCUGAGGCUGCCCUCCUCCGGUUUAAUAAGGACAGUGCCUACCUGGUGAGGCAGAGCUCACGACAUGCCUGGAACCAGCCGUUCACUCUGGCUGUGCUUUUCAAGAAGCACGUCUACAACAUCCCCAUCCGCUACUUAGAGGGCAGUCGUCAAUAUACACUUGGCAAGGACGGCAGGAGCCACAAAGAGCUCUUCGACAGCGUUUCCAGCAUCAUCCAAAGCUACACUGAGCGACCCUUGGUGCUGGUUGAUGGCAGCACUUCUGCCAAGGAACAGACUUGCUUGCUGUUUCCAGUGAAGCCAUGACUUUGGGGCCUGGGGAGUAGGACCAGCUGCGGGGGAAGAUGGGGUGUCAUCCCUGACCUCAGGCACGGAACGGCUUCUUUUGCCUGGCUGGACUGACACAAGGCCAACGGAUCAGCGUGGCACCCUGGCAUUCUGCAAAAGGUUCUUAUGAAUCAUUCUUCGGUAUUCCUCAGUAGCCUUCUUCUGGCAAACAGCAGUGCAUCUGCAAAAAUAUUCCACUGGUACUGAUACGGCAAAGCAAGGGAACUUGUGGGCUGGUGGGAUGGAAGGGAGAGUUUAGCAGGAAUUCCCACCUAAGGCACCAGUCCUGCUGUUUGUUUUAUUUGUUAUAAAAUUGAUGUGUUGUACCGAGUUAAUAACACUGUUGCACACCACUCCAAUCUCUGAGCAGUGAGAGAUUCCAGGGGUUCCAGGCGCUUCCCCAGGGCUUAGUUUCCUCGGAAUGAGGGGCAGCGGAGACUGUGGCAUCUUUAGGAUAUGUGACUUAUGUACACUGAGCCUACAAUGGAAGGGCUCACAGCAU